CACAGGGCCCGAGAUGAGUGGGAAAGAAGACACAGGAAAGCGCUAUUUCCUAUCUCCCAGGAGCAGGUACUUUUCCUACGUCAGGUCAUUCCGAAAAACACAGCAUCGCUCGGAAAAGGAGAGAGCUUCCCGGACGCAGAAGGAUGUCGCAGUCUGGGCAGGACCGCGCGGAGGUCAGACGCCCACCGAAAGCUGAAUUACGCAGCGUGAUAACUUCUCAGUCUAAUCAACUGAGUCAUGAAGGUGAUGCCAUCAGAGUUUUUGUACGAGUCCGUCCACCUGCAGAGGGCUCGAGAUCAGGAUCAGCGGAUGGAGAACAAAACCUGUGCCUCUCCGUGCUGUCCUCCACCACCCUCCGGCUGCAUUCUAACCCUGAGCCCAAGACCUUCACGUUUGAUUACAUAGCUGACAUGGACACCACUCAGGAGUCUGUGUUCUCGACGGUGGCGAAGAGCAUCGUGGAGUCCUGCAUGAGCGGUUAUAACGGCACCAUCUUCGCCUAUGGGCAGACUGGCUCAGGGAAGACAUUCACCAUGAUGGGACCAUCUGAAUCUGAUAAUUUUUCUCAUAAUUUGAGAGGAGUAAUCCCACGAAGCUUUGAGUAUUUGUUUUCCUUAAUUGAUCGUGAAAGAGAGAAGGCCGGCGCAGGAAAGAGCUUCCUGUGCAAGUGCUCCUUCAUCGAGAUCUACAACGAGCAGAUCUAUGACCUGCUGGACUCUGCGUCGGCGGGGCUGUACCUCCGGGAACACAUCAAGAAGGGGGUCUUUGUCGUGGGUGCGGUGGAGCAGGUGGUCACCUCGGCCGCUGAGGCCUAUCAGGUGUUGUCUGGAGGGUGGAGGAACAGGCGUGUGGCGUCCACAUCCAUGAACAGGGAGUCCUCCAGGUCUCACGCAGUCUUUACGGUCACAGUAGAGUCCAUGCAGAAGAGCAGCGAGGUCGUGAAUAUCCGGACCUCCCAGCUCAACCUGGUGGACCUAGCAGGGUCUGAACGGCAAAAGGAUACCCAUGCAGAAGGGAUGAGGCUGAAGGAAGCAGGCAAUAUAAACCGAUCAUUGAGCUGCCUGGGACAAGUGAUUACUGCUCUGGUUGAUGUGGGCAAUGGAAAACAGAGACAUAUCUGCUACAGAGACUCCAAGCUUACCUUCUUACUGCGGGACUCUCUCGGUGGUAAUGCCAAAACAGCCAUCAUCGCAAAUGUGCAUCCUGGGUCCAGGUGUUUUGGAGAAACACUGUCAACGCUUAAUUUUGCUCAGAGAGCCAAACUGAUUAAAAAUAAGGCGGUGGUGAACGAAGACACCCAGGGAAACGUGAGCCAGCUCCAAGCCGAAGUGAAGAGGCUCCGAGAACAACUGGCCCAGCUCGCUUCUGGGCAGGGGCCCCAGGACAGCUUCCUGCCCGGAGAGAAGAGUAAAUACAAGGAGUGUUUCCUGGAGGCAAUGUUACGCUUUAAGAAAUCCGAACAGGAAAAGAAGUCUCUGGUAGAAAAAAUUACCCAAUCAGAAGAUCUCAUCCUCAAAAAGGAAAAGUUUAUUCAGUCUUAUAAAAUGAUUGUGAAACUGCGAGAGGCGUACAUCAUGCGCCUGGAGAAGCUUCUGAAGGAGCCCCCGGGCAGCUUCCUGGCUGAGGAGCAGGAUCGCCUGCUCUCAGAACUGAGGGCUGAGGUCCAGAUGCUGCGGGAGCAGAUAGAGCACCACCCCAGAGUUGCAAAGUAUGCCAUGGAAAACCACUCCCUCCGAGAGGAAAACAGAAGACUGAGGUUACUAGAACCUGUAAAGAGAGCCCAUGAAAUGGAUGCCCAGACCAUUGCCAAACUAGAAAAAGCUUUCUCCGAAGCGUCUGACACAGAGAAAGACAACAAAGGUCAUCCAGAAUUUUCUCCCACAGCUCUGAGACAGCCAAGCUCAUUCACAAAUGUUGAGAAGCUGAAAGCACAGCUCCUGCAAGUUCAGACAGAGCUGAAUAAUUCAAAGCAAGAAUGUGAAGAAUUCAAAGAACUGACUCGGAAGAAGCAGCUAGAAUCAGAAUCUGAGAUUCAGUCUUUGCGAAAAGCAAACCUUAAUCUUGAAAACCUUUUAGAAGCAACAAAAGCCUGCAAGCGGCAAGAGGUUUCUCAGCUGAAUAAAAUUCACGCUGAGACCCUUAAGAUUAUAACUACACCAACCAAGGCUUAUCAACUUCGUUCUCGAUUAGUACCAAAAUUAAGCCCUGAAAUAGGGAACUUUAGCUCUACACGCACUCAGAAUUGCAGCAAAUUAGAUAAUGAUAUAUUAAAUGAGCCUGUGCCCCCCGAGAUGAGUGAACAAGCUUUCGAGGCCAUUUCUGAAGAGCUUAGAACAGUGCAGGAGCAAAUGAGUGCUCUUCAGGUGAAAUUGGAUGAAGAAAGUCAUAAAAAUCUAAAACUUAAGCAGCAUGUUGACAGACUGGAACACCAUUCUACGCAGAUGCAGGAGCUUUUCUCGUCUGAAAGAACUAAUUGGACCAACCAGCAGCAAGAGCAUCUCUUACAGCUCAGUAUCCUUGAGAAGCAGUUUCAAGACUCACAGACGGAGAAUGACCUCUUGAAAAGUGAGGUACGUGACCUGCGACUGGUCCUUCACUCUGCUGACAAGGAGCUGUCUGCUGUGAAACUGGAGUAUGGUUCCUUCCGAGACAGCCAGGAGAGAGAGUUGGGCCAGCUGUCGGAGCGGCACCUGCACACACAGCUGCAGCUGGACAGUGUCAGAUUAGAAAAUGAAAAACUUCUUGAAAGCCAAGCCUGCCUUCAGGAUUCCUAUGACAACUUACAAGAAGUGAUGAAGUUUGAAGUUGACCAACUUUCAAGAAGCCUCCAAAACUACAAGAAAGAAAAUGAAACUGUGAAGUGUGAUCUGAGUCGUUUGAUGGAGCUUUAUGAAGCAGAAAAAGAACGCAACAACAGAUUGUCAUUACAGUUUGAAGAAGAUAAAGAAAACAGUUCUAAAGAAAUCUUGAAAGUUCUUGAGGCUGCUCGUCAGGAGAAACAGAAGGAGAUGGCCAAGUCUGAGCAUCAGAUGGCAGAAAUACAGAAACUAGAAGAGAGUUUGCUUGCUGCUGAAAAGGUGACCAGUUCUCUGGAAAAGUCUCGAGAUGCUGAUAAGGAAGUUAUAGCUGACCUCACAGGCCAGAUCCAGGAGCUCAGAGCGUCAGUGUGUGAGAAAGCGGAAACCAUCAGCACCCUGAGGGAAGAGCUGGAGGACAUGAGCUGCAAAUACAGCUCUGCUUUGGCAGACACUGAAGAAAACCAAGUGUUGAUCCAGAGGCAGGAAGUGGAAAUUCUGGAGCUGAAAGAAACCAUUAGGCUGCGAAAACUGUCUGACGACAUCGAGAGGGACAUGCUCUGUGAGGAUCUGGCUCAUGCCACCGAGCAGCUGAACAUGCUCACGGAGGCCUCCACCAAGCACUCAGGGCUGCUGCAGUCCGCCCAGGAGGAGCUGGCCAGGAAGGAGGCCCUGGUCCAGGAACUUCAGCACGAGCUACACCGAAAGAAAGAGGAAGUGGAACAGAAGAAGAAUGAAUAUAAUUUCAAAAUGAGGGAGCUAGAACAUGUGAUGAGUUCAGCUGCUGAGUACCCCCAGAGUCCUAAAACACCACCUCACUUUCAAACACAUUUGGCAAAACUGCUGGAAACACAAGAACAGGAGAUAGAAGACGGAAGAGCCUCAAAGACCUUCUUGCAACAGCUUGUAACAAAGCUAAAUGAAGACAGAGAAGUCAAAAAUGCUGAAAUCAUCAGAAUGAAGGAGCACUUGUGUGAGAUGGAAAAGCUGCGCCUGGAGAACCAGCAGCUCAGAGAGAAAAACUGGCUGCUGCAAGGUCAGCUGGAUGACAGUGACAGACAGAAGGACCGCAGCGACCGGGAUCAUCUGGAGAAUCAGCAGCUGAAGAAUGAACAAGAAGAAGAGAUUAUGAGAGAAAGACUCGCUAAAAGUAGAAUGGCUGAAGAAAUGCAGAAAAUGAAAACAGAUCUGAGAGAAGUCCAGAGUGCUCUUCACAGCAGAGAGAUGGACUGCCUCAGAAUGGCUGAGGAAGUGGAGCGAACACAAACACUGGAGGCUAAAGCAUUCCAGGAAAAGGAACAGCUGAGAUCGAAGCUGGAAGAGAUGUAUGAAGAAAGAGAGAGAAACUUGCAGGAGAUGGAGAUGUUAAGGGGGCAGGUGGAGUUCCUCACAGAGGAAAACGGCAAGCUGGCAGGGCAUCAGAACCUGCAGCAGAAGAUCCAUUAUGUGAUACGCCUGAAGAAGGAGAUGGAAAAGUUGCGUGCUGAAAAUGUAGUUUUAAAAGAAAAGAAAAAGACUGAAUCAUAAGGAUCCUGGUUAACUCUGUAGGAAUCACCUUGCUUGGAGAUGUUUUUCACUCCCUCUCUCAGAAGUAAGACCUACUCUCGCUGAUGCGGCAGAGUGAAGUUGAGGCGCUCAAUAGUGAACUGUGUACGUGGGGCUUGGCACGUGCCCUCUGACAGUCAGUAGUGUGCUGCCAGUGGCUGCCAUCCCAUUUCCAGGGUUCACAUCAGUUGUAAAUAUGAGAAAAUCUUUUUGUCUGCUAAAAUUAAAGGCCUGUAGCUAAGGUCUGUAGUGGAUAUUAGUCAGAUCAUUUUUUCCUUAAAUAAUCUCCUUUGAUUCUCAUGGUGCUAACGAUAUGUGGUGGCCCCAGAACGUGGGAGUGAGUUUGAUGGCGGAAUUUGUAGCACACUUGUUAAUACGAUAAUUUUUUUUUUUUAAUACGAUAAUUUUUGUACUUCUGGUUUGGUUUUUCAGUGCUGGGGAGCCAACUCAGGGCCUCACACAUAGCAGGCAAGCACUCUACCUCUGAGCUGCCCCCCAGCUCCAUAUUUUUGUAUUCAGUAUUUUCAUGAGCAUUUUCUACAACUGUAAAUAUGGCUAUUUUUUAAAAAUAAAAUCUUCGUUAAAUAAUUAAUAAA